CCUGAUUCCAGUUUUUUUGCGCGGUAGAAUAUAUGAACCGAAUGAACCGCCAAAAAGCCUCCUAAUGUGUACUAACCGUUGGAGAGAAAAGUUAGCAUGCCGUUUCCCAGUAUCCCGCCGGAGCCGUCGGCCAAGAACUCUGAUAACAAAAAACCCUCUGGGGGAAAUGAUGAGUCGACCGGGUCUCCACCAGUUGAUCGGGCGACGACGUUGCGAAUCACGCCCAAUACUGAGGAAAUCCCUCAUAUAAGGUAAAGUACCAUAUGGACGGUAUGCGCGUAUAGUAUCGGACGAGUCGCCUGAUGUGAGCCUCCCG